UUUGGCCUCUUCUCCCAGGUUAUUUUUGAGAGGACAAGAGGACACAGCCUUAAGCUGUGCCAGGGGAGGUUCAGGUUGGACAUUCACAGGAAUUUCUACACAGAAAGGGUGACUGGACACUGGAAGGGGCUGCCCUGGAGCACCGCUGGAGUCACCGCCCCUGGAGGUGUUUAAGGACUGGACACGGCCCUCAGUGCCAUGGUCUGGGUGACAAGGUGGUGCUGGGUCAUGGGCUGGACUCGCUGAUCUCAGAGCCCUUUCCCAACUCAGCUGAAGCUGUGAUUCUCUGCGGAGCUCGGAGCGCGGACAGUGACCGUGCGAGGCCGCGAGGCCGCGCUGCCUCCGCCCGCCCGCCGAUUGUCCGCCGGCGGCCGCCGUGGCGGGCGGGCCCGGCCCAGCCGGAAGCAGACGUGUGUUUCGGGAGGAACGGGAAGCGAUGGCGGCGGCCGAGGCCGAGUGGGAGCCGGCGGGGCUGCUGCCCGCCCCGGGGGGCGGCCUGGACUGGGAGGCUGUGCUGGGCGAGGAGCUGAGCGAGCUGCUGGGCGCCGCGGCCCCGAAGGACGAGCCCGACGAAAAUGAUCUCUAUAACUUUCAUUUUGAUUUGGAUUUGAUGUCUUGGGACUCGGACCUUUGGAAUAUUACAGGCCAUGCUUAUGCAGAUGCGAAUGUGAAGACAGAACCUUUAUCACCAGCCACUUCCAGCUGUUCGGUCCCUUCACCACCGUCUGUGGACUCUCCAGUGCAGAAUGUGCCUGAUGAAGUGGACUUCAGCUGUAGCUCCCAGAUGUCUCCCAUCUCUCUCUACAGCAAGAGCUGCAGAAGCCCUGCAUCCCCUGAAGGAGAUGGAGGGAAGAAGCCUGCUGUGAGCAUCUCUUCUCGAUCUGCAAAUAAUUCUGUGAAGAGCCUGAAGAAGUGUGGUCAGACAGUGUCCAGGCCUUUGAUACAACCCAAACCCCUUUUGCCUGCUGUGCCUGAAGCUCAGGCUAACAUUGGCAUCCCAGCUAAAACCAUCAUUAUUCAGACUCUUCCCACGCUUGUGCCACUGCCAAAGAAUCAGCCAGUUGUUAACAUCCAGCCAGCACCUCCUAAAGGUCCAUCUGUGGUGCUGCCCCAGCCUGCUGUGGUACAGCUCCAGGCUUCUGGGGUGCUUCCUGCCUCCCAACCAGUCAUUGCAGUCACUGGAGGGGCCCCAGCACUUCAGAACCACACGGUGAAGGCGUUGUCUCCAGCUGCUGGGAACACCUCCAGCAAUGGCAAAAUCCCGGUGGCAAAGCCCUUGCUCCAAAGCAGCUCCCCAGCCAUGGGGCUGGAUGUCAAUGUCUUGAGGCGGCAGCAGCGCAUGAUUAAAAACCGUGAGUCAGCCUUUCAGUCACGCAAGAAAAAGAAGGAAUACAUGUUGGGACUGGAGGCCAGGCUGGAGGCAGCCCUGCUGGAGAAUGAGAAACUCAAGAAAGAAAACAGCACGCUGAAGAGGCAGCUGGAUGAAGUGGUAUUAGAGAACCAGAAGCUCAAAGUAUCAUCUCCAAAGAGAAGGACGCUGUGUGUGAUGGUGAUACUGGUCUUUAUAAUGUUGAAUUAUGGUCCAUUGAGUGUAUUUGAAAAGGAUCCCAAUGGAGUAGAUUCCACUGUGAGUUCUAACCACCGAACCAGAAAUCUUCUGGAGUUCUCAGCUCACCAGGAGUCCAGCACAGCUCAGAAGAUACCUGAGGACAUAAUUUCUGAGAAGAGUAACAGGUAUGACCGUUCUGUAUCUGAUAACAAAGCACUAAUGAUAGUCUCAGAAGAACCACUGCUAUAUAUUUCACCACCACCACCCCCCUGCCGGCCUCUGAUCAACAGGACAGAGUCACUGAGGCUGACCCACGAGCUGAGAGGAUGGGUGCACAGGCACGAGGUGGAGCGCACGCGGUCCCGGCGGCUGAGCAACAGCCAGCAGCAGCGAGCACGAGUCCCGCAGAGCUCCCUCAGUGACAAAGCAGAUUCCCAGCUAAUGGCCAUGCCUUACACAGACACCAGUCUCAGCAGGAACUCAGGGAAUGAGCUGCAAGUGUAUUAUGCCUCUCCAAGGAGCUAUCAAGACUUCUUUGAAGCAAUUCACCGAAGGGAAGAUACGUUCUAUGUGGUGUCAUUCCGCAGAGACCACCUGCUACUGCCAGCCACCACACAUAACAAGACCAGGAGACCAAAAAUGUCUAUAGUGCUGCCAGCUGUAAACAUAAAUGAGAAUGUGAUCAAUGGGCAGGACUACGAGGUGAUGAUGCAGAUUGACUGCGAAGUGAUGGACACCAGGAUCCUCCACAUCAAAAGUUCAUCUGUCCCUCCAUACCUCCGAGAGCAGCGCAGAAAUCACACCGACACCUUCUACAGCUCGUCCCCCUCCGUCACAGAGAUGCCCCAUGCCCUGAGGGCCAUUGUCAAAUCCCUGCAGUAGCUCCUGUGACAGCACACAGGGGAACACCGGCAUGCAGCAGGUCCUGCCACCAGCCUGAGCCCCUUCUCUGGCAGCUCCUGGGGCUCCUGGCACAUGGGCACAGCAGGGACAGCCCCCUUUAGCCCAUUCCUGUGCCUGACCUUACCCAAUGGCUGCAUCCUGCCCGGGGAUAAUGCAGCUCAGCUGGCUCCUCGCCAGGGACAGUCCUGGGGGCCCCACACAACGUGGGGGACAUGGCCCAUCCCUGCUACUUAUGUGCUGUCCAGAAUUGUGGGUUGUUUUUCAUUUCUGUCCCUGUUAGGCUACCAGAGGUGGGCUGAUGAGCCAGAGACGAGGCAGCAGACACCCACACUUGGCAUGAGGCCGCUCUCCCUGCAGUGUGCUUGGGCAGCAGGAGGAAGUCCAGCUCCCAGCUUCAGGUGCUGUGCCUGACCAGACAGCCCCACUCCUCAUCAUUCCCUCCCAAAUCCUGCCUGUGCAGCCUCCCUCAGCAGAAAGCCCUGGGAUGCAGCAGUGUGGUGGAGCAGCCCAGCCCAGACCCUCAAGAGGGUGCUGGGACCCCGCACUCACCACUAAAGCACUGCCCUGGGGCUGGGCUGCACAGUGAGGCACUGCCCACCCCACACCUGCCUGGCUCUCCAGGAUCCUGCUGCUGCCUUCCCCAGCACACAUGGCUGCACGGCUGAAGGCUUGGCCCAAAGGAAGUGAUUUCAUGCAGCAGAUGCAUUUGUAAAGUUUGGGUUUUUUGAGUUUUGUUUUUUUUUUUCUUCCUGGUUUUUGUUUGCGUGGGUUUUUUGUGUGUGCUAUUUAAUACUUUUCACUGCUAACAACUGCCCGUGGAGCAGCACUGGCCUUGCUGGGGCAAAGGGGAUGCUUCAGUUCCGUGGGACAGAGCCCCAGCACCUUCUCCUGAAGCCACACACGUGUCACACACACUCAGCACCACGCACCCCUCUGCCUCACCAGCACAGAGAGCCACUCGCCGGGCAGCGGGGGAACGUUCCAUUUGCCCCAAACACUGGCUGCAGCGAUCUGCUGCCAUUCCAGAAUGGAGCUCUGUUCACUGCUCCUGUGUUUGUCAGCCGAGCCCCAGGCCAGAGCUGGGCCCAGGAGCUCCAGCACACUGGUGCUCAGCUGGGAUGAGCCGCCAGCAGAGCAUCAGCCUUGCAUAAUGAUUUCAGCAUGUUGUUAUGUUAUUUUUUCUCCCCUGUGCAGUUUGCAAAGAAGAUGAUGAGCUUCAGUUUGUCAACCAGCUACCUUUCCUUCAUGGUUUGAGCACUAACUGGCUCACAUGGAGUUUUUGAUUAUUAAUUAUUAUUAUAUUAUUGUUCAUGUAUGUGUGUGGCUGUUAGGAAAUACAGGUUGAUCCCGCAGCACGACAGACAGCUCCAGGGGCAGUGAGGAGGAGGAUGAGGAGCAGUGCACCCCUGUGAAGUAUGUGCCUUGCAACACCUUGGAGAAGCUGUGUCCUUUGCCACGUCCCCGGCACAGGCAGGCCCCGUCCUCGCGGCGCUCGCGCUGCUGGGAGGGAGCUGGGCUUGGCCGGGGUUUGGCUGCGCUGCUCGCACCACUUCAUUUUCCUGGCCUGGUCCCACCUGACUGUGGGCCAGCUCACAACUCACAAUAGUCAGAAAUAAAAACUCCAGCGGUGCCCCAGCCAGAGGCACAUGGCUCCCCCGCAGCCAUGGGUAGGGGCUGCUGGCUGCUCUGGGGGCAUUUGCUGCCAGGGAGCUGGGGAGGGGACUGGGGUGGUGGCUGGGCUUGCACAACCUUGGGAAGGGCUGCUGGUGGGGGCUGGGGGCUCAGGACUGCUGUGGCACCACAUCCUCCCCAGGCAGCACCCCUGGGCUCUGGUGGUAGAGAGCAUCUCUUAUCCUGUGUAAUUCUGUUCUCUGUGUCCCUACUACUGAAGGCAGUAAAAUCCUUCUUUUAUUUAUUAUUAA